AAAAUUGUUUAGUGUUUCAGAAUCGUGAUGGUGGAAGAUUAUACAAGUAUUCAAAAGUUGUAAACAAAAUUAACAACAACAAAAAAACCAGCACUGAUACCGCUGGUGGAAUUCCCAUCCUUUAUAUGUUUCAUAUAUUCAUAUGUUUGGUUUGUGGCUUUAAGAGAUUGUUCAAUCAUUAUUAACGUAUGCUACCAUCGAGCGCGAUUUCCGUAACUCUUUUUGACGAAUCAAACGAACAUUUACCGUUAUAUUUAUAAAUUGGAAAUCUUGGUUUGCAUCUUGAGACUGGUGUAUACAGUUUUAAUGCAAUCAGCGAGUUAUAAAAAUACAUUUCUUCAUUUGCAUACUGAUAAGCUCCCUUGCUUUUGCUUUGCAGAAAGUUUUUUCUAUACCACUAUCCUAACAUAUUAUAAAAGAGAGCUGCAUUAUCAGCACCAGCUCAGUAUCAUUCUUUACUAGCAGAGUGGUUGGUGUCUAUUCGCCAUGCAUGUUGCAAAAGUGAGUGUCGUCUUACUGUUAGCGUUGUGUUCAAUAGUCAAAGUGCGCAGUGUUGAUCGAAAUGUCCGUGAUACUACGUUCUCCGAAUUUGCAUUUGAGAUGAUAGUGAACGAAAACGAAACGAAAAAAGAUGAAACAGGAGAUCCAAAAGCUCGUCUCAAAGAAUGAUCUAGCUCGGUUUAGAGUCAGUUCAAGUUUGUAUCUCCAGAACAUCUCGUCACGGUCAUGCAUGGAAGAGCCAUCAAAGGAAUCGGGCAAGUACAUCGUGCAGCCUACCGAGGAUGAUGAACACCAACAGACUGCCUUCGGAGGAGGUUGGUUGGUGUUCCAGUACCGUUACGAUGGAUCGGUAGACUUUUACCGCAACUGGACCGAGUAUCGGAAUGGGUUCGGAAGUGUCGAUGGAGAGUUUUGGCUCGGGUUGGAACAUUUGCAUCGGAUGACAUCGACCCGACCACACGAGCUGUUAGUGGAGCUGAAGCAUUUUAAUGGCAGCUACAUGUAUGCUCUGUAUGAUGAGUUCAAGAUAGGCAGUGAGUUGGAACAAUAUCUUCUUAAAUUAGGAUCUUACUCAGGAACGGCAGAAGAUGCAUUAGGCGUACACAAAGGUGAGAAGUUUUCAACGAUGGAUCGGGACAAUGAUAAAAGUGAUGAAAGUUGUGCUAAGGCGUGGAAGGGAGCAUGGUGGUACUACAAAUGUGGUCAUUCCAAUCUAAAUGGAGUGUAUAUGAAUAGUGUUAGCAAAGUAGCCAUACAUUGGUCAAAAAGAAACUUCAUAGGUAUGGCAUACACAAGAAUGAUGAUUCGUGAAACUUAAAGCGCACCGCUUUGUUAUUUGUAUCAAUAAAAGAAGUUAAUAAAGCAUUAAUGUGGAUUAUGAGGACAGAAAUACUGGCACGAUUGAUUGCAACGAUCAUCAUAAAACGUUUGUUAUUUUUCAAAUGCAUGGUCAUUAGUAAGCGUUAUCACUGGCUACCGCGGCUGAACAGAUGACCAGUCAAUUGUAACAUUACACUAAUUUUAUAUUAACAAGCUGACCUAUGGUGAUUUGAAAGAUUAUACUAUUUUUCGUAUUUAUUUUUAAUUUCAAAUAAUGUAUUUACUAUAGCUUAUUUUCGAAGAGAGCCUAGGGUUUGGUAAUCACCAUAAAUGAAACAAUGACUGUUAAACCGUAAAACUAAAUUCCAUAACUUGGUUAUCACAUUACAGAUAGCGAGGCAUGUAUCUUUAUGUGUAAUACAUUGAAUUCUCUCUAAGAUGUAGUCUCUUCAAGAUAAAUUGUUUCUUUAAGAUGAACAUUUUUGUCAUAUUCCAUACAUUUUAUGUGUCUUCAAGAUGAAUAUCUGCCUAAGGCGAAUAUUCUCUAAGUUGCAUAUUCGAUUGGAAAGCCCAAAUUCUCUUGGAUAAAUUUGAAAAACUGAUAUGUCGCAGGGAAUAUAUCUUGAGAAAAACACAACUGCUUUAUUCCUUAGUUCAGAAUGGAAUUCACUUUAUUCACUCAAUGUGUACUCUGAUCGAGUCUUGCAAUGUUACUGCGUUAUGCGUGUUACUAUGCAACAUCUCCCCCCUUAAUUCAGCCAAUACAGCCAAUGCAUCGGUGGAGUGGCUUCAGUAGUAACUGUGGACGAUGAUGUUUGCCAAUUUUCUCCUUCAAUUUCUUCAGCGGACUCUUCAUCAGCUGAAUAGUAAUGUUCUUGUUCAGUCAUUUCAAUUGAGUUUUCAACUGCCUGUGGAGUUCCCAAUUCAAAUUCGUCAAAGAAAAUAGUUAACAAAUUUCCAGUGUCGUGACAAUUUCUAUUUCCACACGAUGUGUCCUCCUGUAGACGCUUCUUCAGUUGAUUUGCAUGUGAGCGAAUAAUUCGCUGGUUGUCUUCCAAAAACACGUUGUAAUUCACUCUACCGACUCGUUCGACUAUUGAUGCUGGCUUCCACUCCCAGGAAUUAUUGCGGUGGACUUGGGCAUAAACCGCUUCUCCAGGAGCGAAGAAUUUUCUACCAGCUUCUGGCCUUUCAUUUCGUGACCGUGAAACUGGAGGAAGUAGUAAUGACUGAACUGUUCGAAUAGGCCGCAGAAACAACAAUUCAGCUGGAGACUUAUCUGGUGUAGGUGUGGUUCGAUAAACUUGCAAAAAAAUCUGCAAAGCUUCAUCUAAAGUCUCUCCUCCUGCUCGAAUUUUUCGCAAUGUACGCUUUAGUGUGUCCACGAAACGUUCUGCCAAACCGUUUGACUGCGGAUGGUAUGGUGCAGUACGAAUGUGACAAAUACCCAAUUGUUUGCAAAAUGCUUGGAAUUCAAAGCUGGUGAACUGCGUACCAUUAUCAGAGAAUAUAGUUUCUGGAACACCAAACGUUGCGAAUGAUUGCGUAAAAAACUUGAUAGCACCGGCAUAGUCCACAUGUACCCGUGACCAUGGCUUUUCCGGCACAGGCCAAGAUUCAGGUGUUUCUUUGAUUGGUGCUUUGCCAGCAGUGCAACAUGAAGUACAACGCCGGACAAAGUUUUCGAUAUCGACAUCCAUUCUCGGCCAGAAAACGAAACUUCGAGAAAUGGAUUUCAUUCGCACCAUUCCAGGAUGACCGCGAUGGAAUUGUUGCAGUACCUUUUUCCUGUAAAUGUUUGGAACAACAACUAUGUUGUGAAACAAGAUACAGUCAGUCCAAAAAGUAUUCGUCUAGCUGAAUAUUUUGCAGAAAAAGGGGAACUAUGGCCGCAAUACGCAUGGGGCGGUAAAAGUAAUCAUGGGGUUUGAUAAAGGGACUAUCAAUACACACGUUUUGCUAAAAAAUAAGUUAAAAAACUAAAAAAAAUUCGUUUGAUGGGCGCGCAAAAAGUAUUCGUUCAUCUAGCUUUUUAAUUAUUUACGCUGGACAAACACAACGUAGACGUGAAUUAAAUUUAUUAUUAUCAAUUUACUGGUGACUUUCUUUUAAAAUAAUGCAUUUCUGUUGUUUCAAUUGCACUUCAAGCGGUCAGAGAGGCACUAAAGGCGGGGGAGAUAAAUGAUUGGAGCAUGAUGGCGAAAAUCGUAUCUUUAACUUAUGCCUAACCUAUCCUACCCAUUUUUGAAGGUUUCAAAAUGUGUGGAAGGGCUCGUUCCUUCAUUUGAUCAGAGUUUGGCCAUUUUUCUGACACUAAUUGUGUGACAAACUGCCAUGUAAGCAGCCAUCCUUGACGGUUAAUCUAACGAAAGAAGCGGUUUAAUGUCCAAAAAAUCAAAUUUUACCAUGGAAUCAGUGCAUUUUGUGAUGGCCAAUAAGAAAAGGAAAAUACAGUUAGUCCAAAAAGUAUUCGUCUAGCUGAAUAUUUUGCAGAAAAAGGGGAACUAUGGCCGCAAUACGCAUGGGGUGGUAAAAGUAAUCAUGGGGUUUGAUAAAGGGACUAUCAAUACACACGUUUUGCUAAAAAAUAAGCAUUAAAAUAGUGCAAUAACAACUAAAUUAUUUAAAAAACUAAAAUAAGUCGUUUCACGGGCGCGCAAAAAGUAUUCGUCUAUCAGCCUUUGGCAUAAAAUGCGUAUGAAAACAAAGGUUAUGGAAUCAAAAAAUUUCCUGAUCUUGUUUCUUAUUGCAUUUAUGACUAUUGGUGACUACUUGCACAAUUCAAGAACUCAUUUGAACCUUUAAAAAGGCGGACUAACUGUAUUUUCUUGGACUAACUGUAUUUUCCUUUUCUUAUUGGCCAUCACAAAAUGCACUGAUUCCAUGGUAAAAUUUGAUUUUUUGGACAUUAAACCGCUUCUUUCGUUAGAUUAACCGUCAAGGAUGGCUGCUUACAUGGCAGUUUGUCACACAAUUAGUGUCAGAAAAAUGGCCAAACUCUGAUCAAAUGAAGGAACGAGCCCUUCCACACAUUUUGAAACCUUCAAAAAUGGGUAGGAUAGGUUAGGCAUAAGUUAAAGAUACGAUUUUCGCCAUCAUGCUCCAAUCAUUUAUCUCCCCCGCCUUUAGUGCCUCUCUGACCGCUUGAAGUGCAAUUGAAACAACAGAAAUGCAUUAUUUUAAAAGAAAGUCACCAGUAAAUUGAUAAUAAUAAAUUUAAUUCACGUCUACGUUGUGUUUGUCCAGCGUAAAUAAUUAAAAAGCUAGAUGGACGAAUACUUUUUGCGCGCCCAUCAAACGACUUUUUUUAGUUUUUUAAAUAAUUAGUUGUUAUUGCACUAUUUUAAUGCUCAUUUUUAGCAGUACAUGUGUAUUGACGGUCUCUUUAUCAAACCUCAUCAUUACUUUUAUCGCCCCAUGCCUAUUGCGGCCAUAAUUCGCCUUUUUCUGUAAAAUAUUCAGCUAGACGAAUACUUUUUGGAGUGACUGUACAUCCAUCUACAUGCGUUAACGAUUCUUUUCGUGUGUAAUACGAACGAAUGUCUUGAUUUUUGAUUGACGACGCUUCGUUCGGCCAGCCUUCCCGGAUGAAUUUCAAAACAGCUUGCAGUGUUUCGUCCAAUCUUGUUGCUUUUUGAAUGUCAGCAAAUGAUACUGGCACUUGUUUCAAUGAUUCGUGCAUGACGUUUUGAAUAUACUCUUCAAGUGAAAUCGAAGCUACAACGUAAUCUUCCUCUGGUUGCUUGCAACGGUCGAUUAACCUUGAUAGCAUGUCAGCGCACCCAAACUCGGUGGUUGAAACAUAUUCGAUGGUAAAAUCGUAGUUUAAUAACAUCAAUGCCCACCGUUGGAGUCGGUUUGCUGUGUGCAAAGGAAUUCCCUUUUUUGAACCAAAUAUGGAUAGUAAAGGCUUAUACUAAAAAAUCGGUUAAAAGAGUAAAUUUCCGACCAAGUAAGUACUUAUGAAAUUUGAUUACCCCAUAAGUAAGAGCAAGAGAUUCUUUUUCUGGUUGUCCGUAGCCUUGUUCUGCAGACGUUAAUGUUCUUGAAGCAUGUUGAAUGGCUUUCAAAUAUCCGUUCGGGAAUUUAUGAAAAAUAACUGCACCAACGCAGUGCUAGAUGCAUCUGCUGCAACGAUGAUAGGAAGAUUCGGAUCAUAAUGUGUGAACAGUAAGUCAGAUUGCAGUACUUUCUUGAAUUUUUCGAAAGAUGUCUGACAAUCCAAAUUCCACUUCUACUUCGUAUCCGUAUCUUUAGCAGUUGAUCUAACGGGUGUCUGAGUUCAUGCAUGUUUCUCACAAAUCGGCCGUAGAAAUUCACAGCUCCUAAGAACGAUCUUAAUUCGGAAAUGUUCGUUGGUGCUGGAAUAGAUGCGAUGGUUUUCAGCUUCUCUGGGUCAGGACGUAUGCCGU